ACGACCAUCGUUGUUUUCAGAACGGAGAGGUGGAAAGAGCAGCGGCCCUUCGCAGCUAUCGCUUCGCUAUUGUUUGUGGUGAAAACCGAAAAAUAAUCAAUCAGAAUGGAAGGUAAUGCAGCUAGUGCGGGUAACGCGGGUCCCCCACCAGCGAAGAAAUUUAAGAACGGAGGCAUCAAGAAAAGGCAGCAGCUCGGUGACAUAGUGUUUACAACCAAAAGUGGUGCCAUCCAGACCAUCCCAUCCCUGGAGAAGAGGCUGGCUACAGUGACUGAACCUGUGAUUGGUCUGCAGUUUGUGUGGGAGUACCGCAGCCCCAGCAAGUCCGUCCCUCCGCACUACCAGUGCAGGCUGUGCAAGGUUCAGAGGUUGCAGAAUGAGAUGCUGGCCCAUGUCAAGGGCUGGAAGCACAGCUUCAGAUACAUGAAAAAGAAUCAUCCCGACAAGGUUCCCCAGGAGGAGGAGGAGGCGGUCAAGGACCCGGCAAUACGCAAGGCAGCCAAGGAAAGUGCCGCAGAGGUGGAGAAGGCUGAAGGAAGGGGGAAACUUAAGGUAUUGUUGAAGGAGCCAUUUGACAUCGCCGCUUUCCAAGGAAUGCGGUCUGCUAUGAUGAAGCCUAAGAUGGGCGGCCCAGCUGGCCCAGUAGGACCCAGCCCAGGCCGGUUCCCAGGAGGAUUCCCAGAGCCCAUGUUCCCUGGAGACUUCCCUCCCCGAGGCAUGCACCCAGACUUCCCCAUGGGCAUGCCCAUGCGGAGGCUCCCUGGCGACAUGCCCAUGGGCGGCUUCCCUGACAAUAUGCCCAUGCAGCGCCAUGGCGCCAGCCCUGGGCGCCCCUUCCAGGGCAGCAUGCCCAUGCGGAUGCCCGGCGACGACAUGGCUAUGAAGAUGCGGGAUAGCGACUUGGGCAUGAGGAGGUACCCGGACGAGAUGCCUAUGAGGAUGAACAGCGAUGGCUUCGGCAUGGGCCCACGCAACGCCAGCCCCGGGCGACCCUACCCAGAUGAGUUCCCCAGCAGUGGGCUCGGUGGCUCCAGUGACAGGAUGAUGUCAAACAUGCCCAAGGGCCCUGAAGGCAACAGUCAUCCCGCCACUUUGUUGAAGUACCUGGACACAUUCCGCAUUGAGAAUGAAAAUGACGCCCAGUUGGUGCUGAAGGUGACUCAGAAACUGACAGAUCUCCUGAUGGAAUACCGGCUCAGGAGCGUGUCAUCGGGCUCCACUCUGAAAAGCACUUCUAACUCCAUGAGCUCCAUGAACUUCUCCAGCUCCAGGUUACCAAGUGGAGGAGAUAGGUACUCUGGGAAUCUGUCAGGGCCAUCCAGAUUCUACAACUGAUCUCAGCCAUUUCAGCAACCAGAGCCAGAGGAUUUACCCCUCCCCCUCCUUGGGACUGGAAGAAGCUCUGCAUGCUUAUGUUCAGAAGGAAUAUUUUCCCUCCAUAUAAACAAUCUUCCAUGUUAAUAGUCUUGGCAUUUAUAAAAACUUGUACUUGUUAGUACAAUUUUUAGGUGGAUGGCCUUUAUGCUCUGAAUUUGAGUUGGACCAAAAUUAUAUCUCCUGAAACUUACAUGAUGACUCUGUAGCUUGGUUUAAUUAAUUACAAAGAUAAGACUGAUUAUGUAGAAAAUAAGACCCAAUUUUGUGACACUUUUUGCUAAAUCAGAAUCAAGUAUGGACAUGUCAGAAAUUAGACAUUUAAUAAUCUUACAGUAUUUGUGGUGUAAGUAUUUGAAA